CCGAUAUACCGACAUUUCGGUAUUUUGCUGCCUAAUACCGAAAUGAAACGCUCUUUCAAAGUCAAAGUUGCUUACAAUCACGUUUAGAAAGCAAAGUUAAUACUCACAGAUGCAUGAUUUUGUUCUUACAGUUCUAGCGGCUUUGGUUUAGCAGUACCCGCCUUAAUCGGAAAUAUAAAAAUGGCGAAAUUUUUAAAGGAAAAUUUCCACAAAAAAGAAAACUUUGAUUUUGGAAGGUGGAAGUACUAGCAUUUGCGAAGCAGCGAAAACCUUUUCUGGCUUUUCAAGUUUUUUACAUGCUUGCUAACUUGUUUAUGUGUUAGUUUUAAAAAUGCAAUUACGUUUUUUAUGUUUAUAACUAUUAGCAGCUUACUGAAACACUAUCUGAUUUUAUAUACAAAACGAAUAUUUUUCUGAAUGAUUCAACACUUCGACGCCCAAUCGACGGCCUACUAAUAAUUGCCGCUUAGCGCUGUUAAUUGUUAACAUAGCUUGAUAAUGCGAAUCUUGUGACAUUUGCACUAAUAACAGUAUGUGCCACAUUAAUAUUUUGUCAAAACUUGAUUUUUCUUGACGGUCAGCACUUCAGUUUGGCUUAAAAAAAAACACGUUAAAAAUACCGGAAUACCGGUAUUUACCGGUAUUCUGAUGGCUGUAUAUCGGUAUUCGGUAUUUGCGAUAUCGAUCCAGCCUAUUGCAGCGAAAUGUAUUUUAUUAAAUAACUCUGCGAGUUUUCAACAUUUUCCGUUCAAACUUGGUCAGAUAGUAGAACUAGUCUAAUGCUUUCAUGGAAACCAAUAAAAAAAUUUUAGGCAAAAUUAACACUCAAAGGUGUUCUGUAACCUUAAGAUCUACGGCUGAUUACCUACUAUCUUUGAAAACAGAUACAGUUCCUUCCCAACUUCUUUCAACACAUCCUCGAAAGACAUUUAUAAUUGGUUUUGUAGCAGACAUAAAGUCAACAAUUGAAAUGGCCCAUGAAAUGCUAUCAAGCACCAACAACCCAUUUAAAUAUGCGCUGACAUACAAGUACUCACAAGAUCACAAGGUGGCUGGAACAACAACCCCAACACUUUACAGCUGAAAUAUUCCCUGCGGAAAAUGCUACUGAGAAAUGCCGUAACUGCAUCGAAAAAUGCAAACUGCACAGAAUUUACAGACCUAACCACAAUCACCUCGACUGUGAUACCUUUUUUUCAUAAGAGGAAGCACAAAACCCCCUUACUGGACAAGGAUGCUGAGGAGGAAGAGGAGGAAGAUGAAGAACAACCCAUGGUAGAGCUAUUGGAUCAGAAAGGUCACAGUGACUUCACCGCCAACAUAUUGUUCUACAUCGCAGGAUAUAUUGUAUCAAAACUGGUAAAGCUGCUUACAUGUCCUGACUGCAUCAUUAGCCUAACUUCCCAACCAUCUACCAACCCUGAUCAGAAUUGCUGUGGUGUUCGGUACAACAGUGCUGCAGCUGCAUCUGCCUUUACACUGUUUGUGAACAAUGGUGGUCUGAAAAUACCAUCAAAAUCUGUGUUCCAGAUCAUUGAGUAUGCUGAGCUUGUGUUCAAACGAAACGUAUGCAAAGAAGGAAAAAGCAUUAGUAACAAAAAAAUCUGA